AUGGUCAUUUCGGGAUUGUUUUUUAACAAAAAUCUCCCCAACACGGUCUACUGGUGGUAUCUGCUCCUCAGCUUCGCCAAUCUGGUGAUGGUGUUUCUGAUCAAUAUGACCAUAAAUUUAUUGCUGAUCGUGCUGUACUGUGGUGAGUAUAUUUAUCGACUGAUCAACCAACGAUGUGUGGACUUGGUACACGGUUCCAGUCAGCGCCACGGAGCAGCGUUGCAAUGGUACAUGCUGCACAUGGAUACGGUCACCGUAGUCGAGUGUCUGGUGGACAGCGUUAGCAAACCGCUGCUACUGCUAAACGUGUGGUACUUUUUCAUUAUCGUCUUUUCGGUUUUCUAUUUGUUCACCAGCAUCGUCCAGGAUAUGCGGCGGGAACCGAACGGAUACCGGUUCAAUAUGAUAAACCCGAUCGCGUUCUUUCUCAGCGAGGCAUCACAAGUAUUUUACAUCGUUUCCGCUGCAUCGUCGUACGCUGAACGUGCCCGGGAAAUUGUGCCAAUAUUAGGCACGUACACUGUCGGACCCGUGGAACAUUCGGACGAAAGAUUGUUUGAUCUUCUCGUAAUCCAAUUCCUCAACCGAGACUACAGUGUUCGAGUGAAGGGUCUCUACCGUAUCGACUAUACGAUGCUGUUUUCCAUUGUUUCCAGUACCGCAAGCUACAUGAUCAUUCUAGUACAAUACUACCUCCAGGAGUAA